AUGAAUAAAUGUGAGUUAAUAGCCGCUGUAGAUUUGGAUGACUUGGAUGUUCAGAUACAAAUCGCACAGAAUCGGGAUGAGAAGCUCAGGGUACUUAUGAGUAAAUUAGAGAAGGAGGAGGUUGUAGGAUAUGAACUAGUAGACGGAUUAAUGCAAGAAAAUGUAAUUCGCACAACGCACGAGAAAAUCGGUCAUUUAGGUACUGAAAAAUGUUACAACCAAAUACGCAAAGCUUAUUGGUUUGAAAAUAUGAGGGAUAAAAUCAGCAGAUUUAUUCAGAAUUGUAUCAAGUGCAUUAUAUAUUCUGCGCCAGCCCGUUCCAAUGAGCAUAAUCUUUUUAGCAUUCCUAAAAAACCAAUACCAUUCGACACCCUCCAUUUAGAUCACUUCGGUCCUCUACCAGCAAUUAAGUCAAAGCGGAAACACAUACUAGUUGCUAUAGAUGCAUUCACGAAAUUCGUCAAAUUAUAUCCGGUAAAUUCUACGAGUACAAAAGAGGUAUGUUGCUCACUGGACAAGUAUUUCAGCUACUAUAGUCGUCCACGACGUAUCAUAACUGACCGAGGCACUUGUUUUACUUCCCUCGAGUUCAGUAACUUUUUAUUGAAAAGAAAUAUAGGUCAUGUGAAGGUUGCAGUGGCAUCACCACAGGCAAAUGGUCAAGUUGAGAGAGUCAACCGUGUUCUUAAGACAAUGUUGAGUAAACUUACUGAGACUAUAGACCAUGCUGAUUGGACUGCGAAAUUGUCUCAAGUAGAAUAUGCGCUAAACAAUACUGUCCAUAGUACAACCAAACACACUCCAAGUGAUUUGCUUUUUGGUGUUAACCAACGGGGUUGCAUUGUAGAUGAAUUUACGGAAUGCACUGAAGAAAAACUGUUGGAUGAAACGACCAGGGACCUUGAGAAAACCCGACAAAGUGCACUUAGGAAUAUAGAGCGAUCGCAGGAUUACAACCUACAAUACUUCUUAAAAAAUAGUGUCCCCGCAAAGACAUACUCGAUAGGAGAUUUUGUAGUAAUUAGGCAUGUUGAUACCACAGUUGGAACUAAUAAGAAAUUUAUUCAGAAGUAUAG